UUAUGUUAAUAAUUGUAUUUAUGUGUUGAAUGCUAUAAUUUUAUUUGCUUAUUUAUUGUAUUUUUCAUGUAUAUGUUUGAUUAGAUAAGUUGCAUUUCUUUCCCAGGCCUUGUAGUGGUCGUUGGCCAUAUUAUGUAAUUUCCCUGCAGUGGUCACUGUCCAUGUCUAUUUUUAGCCCAAAUUCUUAGUCUAAAAACCUCCAAGUGACCUAUCAUGUAAUUGAUAAAAAUCCAAUGGUGAAAUUCUCCCCAAAUUUAAUUUAAUAGCCAAUCAAAUUAAGCGAUACGGUAACGUGGUUUGAUGCGGUCAGUAUCUGACCGGUGAGAUUAGGGUCAUUCUGUCUUCAUCUCUGAUAGUGUUAGCACGAGUAAUGUUUUGAUACACCAUUAUGCCACCCAAAAAGAGAGCCAGGAGAGAUGAUGUGGCAACUGGAGGAUUACCACCAACAACACCACCAACUGAAGUAAAUAAGGGGAAAAAAGGGCCAAAAAGAACCCGAAAACAGUCGGAGAAUGACACUGUCAAGGUGCUACCAAAUAUUGAUUAUGAACUUCUGGCAAAAGAAAUUGUAAACCAACAAAAAGCUGAUAGUGAGAAACAAAACAUCAGUGAAAGUGUUGGGCAACCUCCUAUGGUGAAUUCUGUUGAGGAUACUGCACCAGUAGUUGGGGAAGCUAUACCGGCCGCUGCCACAAUUCCUGCCUCUGCGGCUGCCACAAUUCCUGCCUCUGCACUUGGAACAUUACUGGAUAAUGUGUUCACAGGUGAGCCCGCAGGCAAUUUAUCGCGGAGUACUGGUAGUAGUUUUGCAUGCUCUAGUAGCCCUCAAAUUCACUUAUCAGAUUGUGUGCCUCUAGGGGCAUCAGUUUCCUCAAAACUGAAACUUAAAAUUUGGAACAAUGAAUUUGUUGACUUAAAAAAUUUAUUGCCGACCUCAGGAGAUGAACCCCUUUCAAUUGUGGUACAAGCGGGUAAAAUUGAGCUACAACAAGCGGCUUCACAUAAAACACCUAUUACAAUCCAUCAAUGGACAGAUGCUUUUCUGGUAUUCAGUACAAUUUACUUACAGAAAUUUCCCCAUGAGGCAUGCAAUCUGUUAAAAUACAUGUUUACAAUUAGGGAGAUUCACAAGCUUCAUGGGGACCAACCCUGGAGAAUGUAUGAUGAGUCAUUUAGGAAAAUAAGAGAGACAUCCCUCCUGCCGUGGGAGAGAGUAGUAACAGAGUUGCGACUUAAGGUAGCCUCUAUGGGUUAAAGUCUCCUACCCAAUUUCAAGCUUAUAAUGGACCCCAAUAGACAUAAAGGGCACAGUUUUCGGAUAGGGGCAGCAACACAUGCUGCACAGUUAGGCUAUUCUGAGAGUUUUAUUCAGCAUUUAGGCCGCUGGAACUCCAAUGCAUUACACAGAUAUAUUAGAAUACAAUCGUUUCAACUGUAAUUAUUUGUAUCUACAAUCUUUCUUACCCCUGCAGUUUAUUUAUAGCAGGCCAGUGAGUAACUGCUGCUAUUGAUCUGUACCAAAAAAUGUCCUUAUGUUUGUUACUUUUUCCAUAAGAGAAUCUUGUGCGUAAAAUACGGAGGGUGUCUCAAUUAAUUUUGUUAAUUAUAGUAUGUUUACAGGUGUAGUAAUGUGUAAUGAUAGGUCAGUGUUUAACUGCUAUUUUGUAGUUGCACAUUGUGUCUUUAGAUAUUGUUAGUACAACUUUUAAGUUAGUUUAUUAGAGUGCCUGCGGGUUUCACCUUGGAAUUGCCAUUCAUGUUACGUUUGUACGGGUUAUAGUAUAAUGAAUUAUAUGCACUUAUUGCCAGGUCAGUGUGUAACUGCUGGUAACACUAUGCCAAGUCAGUGUUUAACUGUUGGUACAUUUGACUAUAAACUGUGAUUUGUGUAUGUGUUCACAUCAGCAUCAACAAGUGCACAACUCACCUUGGAUGGCACAAUGGAAUUGCCAAUUGUCAUUAUGCAAUUCACAUUUGGUGGCAUAUUUUAUUUUUGAGGUGCCAUCUUUUUGCUGGUUUUGUAUAUAUUGUAUAUAAUUUUGAACAAAAUAUUGUUUUUCUGUAUUUUAAGGGGAUCAGCAUAUUGAUAAGUUAUUUAACAUUUUGUGUGAACAGCUUUGGGUCUGAUCCCCUACUAUGUUGUUUAUAUUUUUCUUUACUUUCGUCAUUUUUAAUAAAUGACAUAUUUCAUCAUGCACAAGUGUUGAGUUCAUUUAUCAGACAGCAAAAACCGAGCUGCGGUGGAGUUGUGCAGCAUGAGAAAACAUAAAACAACAAUUAUGUUAAUAAUUGUAUUUAUGUGUUGAAUGCUAUAAUUUUAUUUGCUUAUUUAUUGUAUUUUUCAUGUAUAUGUUUGAUUAGAUAAGUUGCAUUUCUUUCCCAGGCCUUGUAGUGGUCGUUGGCCAUAUUAUGUAAUUUCCCUGCAGUGGUCACUGUCCAUGUCUAUUUUUAGCCCAAAUUCUUAGUCUAAAAACCUCCAAGUGACCUAUCAUGUAAUUGAUAAAAAUCCAAUGGUGAAAUUCUCCCCAAAUUUAAUUUAAUAGCCAAUCAAAUUAAGCGAUACGGUAACGUGGUUUGAUGCGGUCAGUAUCUGACCGGUGAGAUUAGGGUCAUUCUGUCUUCAUCUCUGAUAGUGUUAGCACGAGUAAUGUUUUGAUACACCCACCACCAUCCCCGUUUCACCACUCCAAUAUUCGAAAGAUGCAUACAUGUACAAAAUAUUGUUCUUUUGCAUUGGCAUAUUUUAUUGGCAUAUUUUAUUUUUGAGGUGCCAUCUUUUUGCUGGUUUUGUAUAUAUUGUAUAUAAUUUUGAACAAAAUAUUGUUUUUCUGUAUUUUAAGGGGAUCAGCAUAUUGAUAAGUUAUUUAACAUUUUGUGUGAACAGCUUUGGGUCUGAUCCCCUACUAUGUUGUUUAUAUUUUUCUUUACUUUCGUCAUUUUUAAUAAAUGACAUAUUUCAUCAUGCACAAGUGUUGAGUUCAUUUAUCAGACAGCAAAAACCGAGCUGCGGUGGGGUUGUGCAGCAUGAGAA